AUGUUGCCUGCAUCCGGACACGGCCAUGGCGAUCAUUCCGCACAUCCCGAACAGAGUAUCGCGCAAGCGCUCAACUUCGAAGCGCUCGAUCUUACCGGUACCAACCCCUGGGUCGAUGAUGUCGAUAUGGAAACAUCUCAGGGAGACGAAGGGCCGUUUACACUUCAGGAAGCCGUCAGCAAGAGGCGGCGCGGCCGUCCAAAGGGCUCGUCGACUAAAAAGAGGAGAAGAUCACAAUCUGAGCCCCGUAUGGUUGGCGUCCGGGAACGCACACAAACGCAAUUAUUUAGCCCGUCAAAGAACAUGAAGGUUUCGGACGAGCCACACGGCAAGAUGGUGGAAAAGAGUCCAACAGAGCUGCUCCCCCUUGACGCACCGUGGGUAGAUAUUAGAGGUGAAAGAGUAAUAAUAGAGUUGCAUCAGCUGGAUCAGUCUUUACAGCAAGUGCCCUGCGGGUCGUGUCCACUUGAUGGACAUCUACGAUUGGCUCGGGACAUCACAACUGGGAAGCUGACGGACACCCAGACUGGACUCGCACAUGAGUUCUUUAUGGAAUGCGACAAAUGCAUGCUUGGUCACCCUCUCGCCACUUCCUCCAAGAUUGAGACAUCCGAAGGUGUCGCUGGCAGAAAGCCAUUCGUCGUCAAUCGAGCCGCCGUAACGGCUGGUGAAUUGUGUGGAGUUAGGCGUGAACGGCAGACAAAGAUGCUUAUGAUGAUGGGCAUCAAAGGUAUUAUGAAAGACAAAACCUGGAUGGUACACGCCGAUGAGGUUUACCUCGAGGUCGAGUAUGUCCAUUACAAUCAGAUCAAAGAAAACAGGAGAAAAGUACGGGCCUACAUGGAAAAAAAGGGCUUCACGCCCGACGAACACGGCCGAAUUGCAAUCGUUGUUUCUGCGGAUGGGUCGUGGGCAAUCAAAGGAUACACAUCGAAUUGUGGCCAAGCAUCUCUGAUAUUUUCUUGUGAAGAUUUCGACAGACUGGUGGUGGCCCAAGAUUUCAGGCAAAAGACUUGCAGCACGUGCGAUUGGUAUGGCAAGAACAAACCAUCGUGGGUCGUCCCUCCUCACGUUUGCCGUAAAAAUUACACCGACACCUCGAAGUCCAUGGAACAGGAUAUUCUCAUCAGCCUGGUUGACGACGUCGCCAUCUACGAGCACAAGACAGUAGACGGUACGAUGGAAGAGAAACCGAUGGAAGAAAGGUUGGUCAUCGAAGCAGUAUGCGCAGACGAGGAUUCUUCGUUUUGGAAUAGAAUCACACAGGACGGAGCAUUGAAAAACCAGUUCGCCCCACGCAAACUCAGUGAUGUCAACCACUUGAGUAAUUGUCUCAUGCGACGCCUUGCUGGGCAGAAGGCAAAGAAGAUGAAAAACACGAGCCUGCUGUCGAAUGCCGUCUGCCAAAAGUUCUGCACUUCAUUCAGGUGGAUCGUUAAGCAAAACACUGGCGAUCAUCAACGCGCUAAGGCGCAAUUAGAGAACAUGAUAUGUCACUACUUUGACGACCACACAAACUGCGGUGACUUUCCAAAGCUUAACGAAGAUGGGACCCCUAAGGAGCAGUGGUGCCGCGCACAAGUAGCAGCAGAAAACGAAGCGGAAGAGGGCGACGACCACGCCGGACCGACCAACUUUCCGCGGAACAAAUAUUUGGACAAAAUAGUUACAGUGAAGCGCGGAAAGUAUGAGGAAACCAUCGUCGAUGGCGCGACUAAAAAAACUUUAGUUGGAGCUGAAGAUUAUGAAAUCAACUAUUUCGACGACGUCAAGGAAGUGUUCAAAGUAUUCCUAACAGAUCAGGUAAUCAAGGCGGCUACGUCGGGCUACAGCAGCAAUGUGAAUGAGAGUCUUCACUCGGUACAGGUCAGCAUGAUGAAUGGCAAGCAUACAUUCAAGGGCCAGCGCGGUAACUACGUGAUGUGCAUGCAGGCUGCGACGUUGAAGCAUUCGUUGGGGAUGGACUAUGUGCUGAACCUUCUUCCCAGAUGUGGCGUUCCCGUGACUCUUGAGAUGACGCGGCAUUUCAAUAGGGCAACAAAGAAGGCGGAGGCCAAAAAGCUGUAUUACAAGAAGAUUGAAACAAAACUCAUCCGAAAGAAGAGGAGAAUGCUGAAAAGGAAGCAGAGUUUUGAAGACCGUCGUAAUAAACCUGAAGAUUACCGCAAAGGGAUGGCACUCGACGCCUUGCAAGAGAAAGAUGAUGACUCGGCAGAUGACGAAGCCGAUUCAGAAACCGAAGAACCCGAUGGCACAGGCGACCUUGUGCAGUGUCUUCGCUGCCAUAAGAGGGAGGCGACGGAAGAGAACCCCAUGCUCUUCUGCUGCAACCAGAUGACAUGUGGCCAAGCGAUUCACGAGGAAUGCGCGGGUGGUUGGAGCUAUGUCGUGCCGCCCCCCAAAGGCGAUCCGAACCGCGAAGAAUCGCUCAAAUCGUGGCCCUGUCCUGAAUGCCAAUAUAAAUCGCAAAUGUCGGAGGAUCCUGAAUCUGAACUCAUCGCUGAGCCCGAAGAGUUGCACGCACCACCUGAGAGACAUUUGUAG